AUGAACGAUGGUGUUGUAUUGGUUGACUUACCUUCAGUAUCAGCUGCUGAUCUGCAGGAAAUGUAUCAUAGUAGCAAGGAUGAUGAGAUGGUACAAGCUGGACUUCGGGGUGCCCUGCCACUUCCAGUUGUACCCCAUGACAGUCAGAAUUCCCAGCACAGAGUUGUUCUUGGGGAGCUGCGUGAAAAUGGACAGUGUCUAAGAUCUUCUUCCCACGGACCUUCCAUAAUGAGACCGAUGUCUGGAUCUGAAAAUAUUUUUCCUAUGACUGGCAAACAUCUAAUGCCAACCUCUGUGUCAUCCAAGAAAAGCUUUACUGUUUACAUAGAUGAAGUGGAAGAGAGAAGCAAAAAUAAUUUUAUAGUUGCAGAAGAAGUGGAACAUAGUAUGUGUGAAACCGAGACCAGUACAAUAAAACCUAGCCUUCAUCUACUAUUGAACUUAAGUACAGUGUCUCCAAUGUUGGUGGAUAAGUCCCUACAAAAUGAAGAUUGUGAGGAUAAUGAAGUGGACAUGAGUACUGAUGAAUAUGCAGAAGAUAUUCAUAAUUAUUUAAGAGAUGCAGAAGUAAGAUAUAGGCCCAGACCAUGCUACAUGAGGAAGCAGCCUGAUAUAACCUCAGGAAUGCGUGCCAUCUUAGUGGAUUGGCUAGCAGAAGUUGGUGAAGAAUACAAGCUUCAGACAGAGACGUUGUACCUUGCUGUGAACUACUUGGACAGAUUUCUUUCUUCCAUGUCGGUCCUCAGAGGAAAAUUGCAACUUGUAGGAACAGCAGCAAUUCUCCUAGCUGCGAAAUAUGAAGAAAUCUACCCCCCAGAAGUAGAAGAAUUUGUGUACAUAACAGAUGACACUUAUUCCAAAAAGCAACUGUUGCGAAUGGAACACCUGCUUCUUAAAGUACUUGCUUUUGAUUUAACUGUGCCGACCAUCAAUCAGUUCCUCCUUCAAUAUUUACAAAGACACGGUGUAAGUCUUAAGACGGAGAACUUUGCGAGGUACAUAGCAGAAUUGAGUCUCCUUGAAGCAGACCCAUUCCUGAAGUAUCUGCCCUCACAAAUGGCAGCAGCUGCUUAUUGUCUAGCAAACUACACCGUGAACCGGCAUUUCUGGCCAGAAACUCUUGCUGCUUUCACUGGAUACUCACUGAGUGAGAUUGUGCCUUGCCUAAGUGACCUACACAAAGCAUGCCUCGAUGCGCCUCAUCGACAGCAGCAAGCAAUAAGGGAAAAAUACAAGCUGACUAAAUAUAUGCAAGUAUCCCUUCUGGAGCCACCAACUGUUCUACCUCUACAUUGAAUUGCAGCAUGCCCAGAAAAACACAGAAGCUGAAGCACUUGCCUCCUGAUCAAUAGAGUUGAUCUGGCCAAUUUAUUAUUUUUAUAGGGCACUGCAGGUCACGUGUCUAAUCUACUGCUAAAACUAUUUUUAGAUAACCGUCUGAUCUUUAGCUGUAUUGUAUUACAAGGACUCAGUA